CGGCAGAUAGGUGGCAUUGAACAAUGGAGGAGCAUCAUCAUUCGCUCCAAUUCCUUCUGGGCAUCAGCCGUCGCGCAUUGGUGGUUGCCUGAAUUGGCGUUCAUCUUACGCUUUUCCGCAGACAGUGUCCAUUGGCCAGCUAUUCGUAUUCCUCGAGGUAUAUUCUGUGUUGGGAGGCCUUAUGGCGCUCGGGAUCGAGCAUUGACAUACAUCGGGUUAGGUAGCUACGACGGGGAUUCGAGAUAUUUAUAUGCGGUAUCUCAACAGUAAGUCGAAAGUUCUCUGGCUCAAAUUCGGGCCCCUUCCACGUUGGUGCCGACGGUGGUAACAUGACGGUGACGGUCGCUGUCAUCGGUGCAGGUCCUACGGGACUCAUGGCCCUGAAGAAUCUUAAAGAAGACGGCUUUGAAGUCACCGGGUUUGAAAAGCGCGGCUAUGUGGGAGGUCUUUGGAAGCAAUCACACGAUUCGUCGCUCUCGGUCACAGAGAACACCAUCUUCAACAGCAGUCGAUUUCGCUCCGCCAUCUCAGACUACCCCAUGCCAGAGCACUACGAUGACUUCCCAACGGCCAAGCAGAUCCACGAGUACAUGGAGAGCUACUGCGACCAUUUCGGCCUACGAGCGCACAUCAAGCUGAAUGCCGAGAUCAAGACAUUCAAGAGGCAGGAGGGCCAAUGGGCUCUAACUUUCGAGCAGAAUGGCACGACGGCGACACAGUACUUCGACAAGGUCAUGGUCUGCACAGGCUCCUUCGUGAGUCCCAGAUCGCCCAGGUUGGCCGGCAUCGGAUACUUCCAGGGCACGACGCUGCACUCUGUGAACUUCCCUGAUCCAUCAUGUUUCCAGGACCAGAAUGUCCUCUUAGUCGGGCUCCACGCCACCGCCCAAGACUUGACAGUCGAGCUAUCCUCUCACGCAAAGAAAGUGUACAUAGCGCAUAGGAAUGGGCUCGUAAUGGUGCCACGCUUCACGCAGGACGGGCGCUCGAUGGACCAAGCGCAAAGCCUGGCAUUCUUCUUCGUCCAACUUUUCAUGGAAACCUGGUUCCCGACACUCUGGAUCUGGAUCCUGGACAAGAUCCUCGCAAGCAUGACAAACACUGCCUUCCCCUCCCAGCCGAAGGAAUGGAACUUCGCGCCCUUCCCGUCCACUGCGACGACCACUCCACUCGUCGCCGAUGCCAUCUACCCGCACUUGCAAUCCGGCUUCGCCACUCCCGUCGCCGCUGUGCAGGAGAUCUCGGGCCCCAAAUCCGUACGCCUCGCCGACGGCCGACUCCUUGAGGACAUCGACGCAAUCAUAUACUGCACAGGCUAUGACUUCUGCGCGCCCUGCGCUCCGGCCGAAUACGACCCAGUCCCUGUCACGGGCCAGCCACCGCACUUGUACAGAAACAUCUUCCCUCUGCACGACGACCCGGCAAUCCGCAACUCGCUGGCUUUCCUGGGCCUCGCGGGCGUCCCGUUCCCGGGCUUUCUUCUCUUCGAGCUACCCGGCAUGGCGGUGUCGCAGAUCUGGCGUGGGAAAUCGCACUUGCCGCCCCUCAAGGAGAUGAAGCAAUGGCGCCGCGAGCACCUUGCGUGGCGCGCGGAUGUCCUUGCAAAGCACAAGACCACUGGGAAUUGGUACUCGGUCUUCGUACGCAUGCCGGACUACGUGGCCUGGUUGGACGAGACGGCCGGGACAGGAUUGUUCGCCAAUUUCGGCUUUUCCAGCAUCGAGGCCUGGCGCUUCUGGUGCCGCGAUCGGAAGUUUUAUAACCUGUGCAAGAACGGUGUCUUUUCGCCUGCCAUAUGGAGGUUGUUUGAUAUGGGGAAGAGGAAAGCCUGGCCUGUCGCCAAAGACCAGAUCAUCAGGGAUAAUCAAUUGGCGGAGACGAGGCAGAAGGAGAGAGUGAAGGCACAGAAAGCGGAGGAUGGUAGGAAGACCAAAUGAUCGAGGGCGGUGUCGUCUGUUCUCCAGUUAUACUUUGGAAGCGUUGGGCGUCCCUGUUACGGUUGAACAUGAUAAUCGGGCUGUACCGACUAUAACUGUUUCUGGACAUUACCGUUUCCAAUCUCUCCUGAGGACCAGAAGCACAGAUAUGAGCCUUUGGGUGUGGAGUGGCCCUCGAAUGGUGAGGCUAGAAUCUUUGAUCGAACAAGAUACGUGCAUAGACCUGCACUCCAUAUACCAAUGUCAGCAGCAAACCCCA